ACCAACUGUACGGUGUGCAAUCGAGCCAUGUGUGUGGUUAGGUUAUUUCAGGUUUAUUCACUUUUACUGAGAAAAAUAUAAAAUUGUAAUUUUUAGUAUCAAUUUAUUAUUUCAUCAUGCCUGCUGUAAACAGAAUUACAAAGCCAAUUACACAUAAGGGUAAGAAAGCUAUAUUGAAGAAGGAGCCUAAGUUGAUAGAAAAUGCUAAAGAAGCUUUAUGUCUCAAGGGUAAUCGCACGUCACAAAUCGUUACAGAUAUUAUGAAGGAUUUGUAUGAUUUGAAGAAACCUCAUGUACAAAUGAUGAAACAGAAAAAUGAUAUACUGCCAUUUGAGGAUAUUACACCUAUUGAAAAAUUUGCUUUUAAGUAUGAUGCAUCUCUUUUCAUGAUAGCUACUCAUAAUAAGAAACGUCCACACAAUCUUAUAAUGGGUCGAAUGUACGAGCAUAUGUUAUUAGACAUGAUAGAAUUUGGCGUAGAAAAUUAUAAAGGAUUGAAAGACUUCAAAGUUGAAAAGAUUACCUCAGGAAUAAAACCAUUGUUGAUAUUUAAUGGUGAACUCUUUGAAAGUAAUCAUGAAUAUGGAAGGAUCAAAAACUUACUCAUUGACAUGUUCCUUAGAGAAGAAGUUCAAAAGAUCAGAUUGCAAGGUCUUGAACAUGUUUUAAGUUUUAUAGCUGUCGAGAAUAAAAUACUUCUACGCAGUUAUAGGAUACUUUUAAAAAAAUCUAACACGAGAACACCUAGGAUAGAACUUGUGGAAAUAGGACCACGUGCUGAUUUAGUGUGCAGGCGUAACAAGUUUGCCUCUGAAGAUUUAUUCAAUCGAGCUUGUCGGAAACCUAACGCACUCAAGGCAAAGACGAAAAAAAAUAUUUCUAAAGAUACAUUUGGAACAACGUAUGGCCGUAUACAUAUUGGCUCACAAAAUAUUAUCGGUAUUCAGACAAGGAAGAUGAAAGGCUUAAAAAAAACAUUAUCAGAAAAAAAUACCCAAAAGAGAAAAAUUGCUGAUGAUAAUAACGACGGCGCAAAGAAAUUAAAAGAAACUACGGAUUGAGAUAUUGAUCGAUUGGGACUUAAAUGGCCACAGUGAAGCCAGUAAUUAACCCACUGAUCAACAUCAUGAUAACAGCAAG